AUGAUCUCUCAUACGGUAAGAUGCGCUCUUCUGCAAGUGGGUUUGCUCUUACCUUUGGGAAGAAUCAUUAAUAGUGUGGCUGCUGCCACAGCUUUAAGUCUAACGCCUUCUACCGAAUGGUAUGGAGACGAUGGAUCGUGGUCCGCUGUUUCUAUCAGAUUGGGCACACCACAGCAAUGGGUCAAUCUCCUUCCGAACACUGUCAGCGCUGAAAUUUGGGGUGUCGGACCUUAUGGAUGUCGGAAUGGAGGAUUCUACCGGGCCAGAUACUUCUCCAACCACAAAUCUCUUGCCAGAAUUCCUUGUGUCCAAGGUGCAGUCCCUUCCGAGUGCUCCACUAGCAGGGGCUCACUCUUUAAUGCAGCCCAAUCUUCUACAUGGAACUCUCUUCUGACAUUGGACUCUUCGCCUAUUUGGAAUCUUGGUACAGGAGAUUCGCUAUACUGGCCAGCUUAUGGAGAUUAUGGGCUUGAUAAUCUUGCAUUUGGGCCUGAUGGUCCAACCAUACGUAACGCUACAAUUGCCAUGAUCAAUACCACAGUGUAUUGGGUAGGGAGCUUCGGUUUAGGUGCCAGCGUUGGAAACUAUUCUUACAUUACUCCAAAUUCGACAUACACACAAUUAGAAAGUCUGGGAGAAAUAGUAGGGGCAGGUUAUGGAUAUACCGCUGGCGCUGUGUAUCAUGCAGAUAUUGUGGAGAUUAAAUUACCAUACGCGGCUUUUGACUUGCGAUUGACCUACCCAUACAUUCCAAAUACUGAAUUUGGAGCAGAUCAGGCAUCGAAGUUCUACUUCCCUUUAGCUAGAUCGGAAAAUACUAGCCAAUACACUAUCGGUCGAGUAUUUUUACAAGAGGCAUAUAUCAUUACCUCCUACGAGACGAACCAAUUCUCACUCCACCAAGCCGUCCAUGUAUCCGACACUUUAAAUAACAAGAGCAUUGUUGCUAUACCAAGUGGAGAUGUUACCACGGGACAGGAAACUGGUACUGUGGCAUCCGGACUGAAGGCCGAGGAAGCUCGCUUGUCCAACGGUAAAAUCGCUGGCAUCGUUCUCGGUGUAGCCGGGGCAUUAGCUAUUAUGUUGGCUACACUCUACUUUUCUUGUCUCAAAAAUUACAAACCAAAAAAACCUUCCCUUAGUCCUAAAAAUUCUACUUCUGAGUCUGAAGCUAGUGUUGACUUUCAACAGCUUCAUAACCCUCCUUCAGCAACAUCGGAUGUUCUAGAAACGUCUAACAACAAUAAUGCAAGCGAAAUAAACUCAGAUGAGGUACCACCAACGGCAAUUAGUGCCGAAAGUCCGGUGGAACUUCCAACAGAAGGCCCAGUUGAACUUCUGGCAGAAAUUCCGGCACGUCACCCUUAUGAAGCUCUUACGCUCGAUACCUCUCCCAUCGGCAGCCCUGCCUUUAGUCCUCUCUUUGCCUCACUAUCCAAUUUACUACCAUCAGAUACUACUCCCACUGCUAGUUAUGCGGGGUCAUCGCUAGAACGAGGCUCAAUUCCUGUAACUCCUACUCGCGCUUCAAUUAUGUCAGGUCACAUGUUGCCUCUAUCUUCCGAGAAACCAUUACGCCCGGAUGGUCUCCUUCCUAUAGCCGAGAAUCAUUACCUGUUGAACCCUCCUCCUAUAUAUGCUCUUACACAGCGCAAUAACUCCGCUUGUGCUGAGGAAAUGCGUUCUGGUAAUCAACUUCCAAGCCAAUUUCCUCCAUCUACUGGAAAUCGAGCCGUAGAGCCUGGUAACCGCGGCUUUUCCGGAGAAUUGCUGUCUGACAUCCAAUUUCCGGGUCUAUUUGACCCAAUUACCAGGAACCGAGACACACAAGUAAAUGAAUGGUGCCACCGCCAUACGGAAAGACAAGAACGUGGUACAGAACUCUAUCCCCAGGCAGUAAUUCAUGAUGAAAACGUUCGCGAAAUCCAAUUUCAGGCCCGCCGCCACGCUCACAGACAGGAACUCGAGAGAAUGGAACGUCAAGGAAUCGAUCCUUUAAAAUAUCUCAAUAAGGAUGUGGGAGAUAUUCAAGAAACUUUUCGAGCUCUCGAUCAAACCCAUGUGGCUCAUGGACCUUAUGAUUUAGUUUCCAGAGUACAAGGCCAGGAGAAUAUGUUUCGUGGACCAGUUGGAGGAGUUGAUCCAAAUUUAGAUGCAGAAAGUACUCCUCUUCGCUUCUCCUUUGAAGAGGGAGAUGACCUUUAUUAUACUUCAAGCCCGAAAUAUAUGAUAGUGAAGGACAAGAUUAAACUUGCAUAUAUAGACAAAUGA